GCUUCCAUAUAAGUAGUGGAGUCGGGCGGCUUAGUAGUGCAGUCCAUUUCACAUUCCCCAGUUGGUCUCCUCUGUCAAUCAGCCUCCUUGAAGAGCCCCACAGCUGUGGCCUGUGCAGAGGAGAUAAUACUCUCCUUUAAUAACCCUCUCUUUCUCUCUUCUACUGGGUAUUCUCGUUUUCACCAUAUUAUAAGCGAAGAGAUUCAUUGGGGGUGCUAAAAUGGGGAAAUUUUCAAGACCCGUUUUGGGAUUUCUGUUACUGUGCUGUUUGACAGCUAUUACAGAAGCAGAAUUCCUGAAAUACAAAGACCCCAAACAGCCAGUUGGUGCAAGAAUCAGAGACCUCAUGAAAAGAAUGACUCUCGAGGAAAAGAUUGGCCAAAUGGUGCAGAUCGAGCGCACUGUUGCAACUUCUGAUAUCAUGAAGCAAUACUUCAUUGGGAGCGUUUUGAGUGGUGGGGGAAGUGUGCCAGCACAAAAGGCCUCUGCUGAGAUGUGGAUAAAUACGGUGAAUGCGAUCCAGAAGGGUGCUCUAUCCACCCGUCUUGGAAUUCCCAUGAUUUAUGGGAUUGAUGCUGUUCACGGCCACAACAACGUAUACAAUGCCACCAUUUUCCCUCAUAAUGUUGGACUCGGAGUGACCAGGGACCCUGUGCUUGUCAAAAAGAUUGGAGAAGCAACAGCUCUUGAAGUUAGAGCUACUGGAAUCCCUUACGCAUUUGCUCCUUGUAUCGCGGUUUGCAGGGAUCCCCGAUGGGGUCGUUGCUAUGAAAGCUAUAGCGAGGAUCAUAGGAUUGUUCAAGCAAUGACUGAGAUCAUACCUGGUUUACAAGGCGAUCUCCCUGCCAAUUCUAAAAGGGGUGUUCCCUAUGUUGCUUCUGGAGUGAGAAAGGUUGCUGCCUGUGCUAAGCACUAUGUGGGAGAUGGUGGCACGAACCACGGAAUUGAUGAGAACAACACAAUGAUCAAUCAGAAGGGGUUGUUUAGCAUCCACAUGCCUGCUUACUAUAACUCUAUAAGUAAAGGUGUUGCAACAGUUAUGGUAUCAUACUCAAGCUGGAAUGGGCAAAGGAUGCAUGCUAAUCGUGAUCUUGUUACUGGAUUCCUCAAAAACAAGCUGAAGUUUCGGGGUUUUGUGAUAUCAGAUUGGCAGGGUAUUGACAGGAUUACUUCUCCUCCUCAUGCCAACUAUUCCUAUUCUGUUGAAUCUGGAGUGGGCGCUGGGAUUGACAUGGUCAUGGUUCCCUAUAACUUCACAGAGUUCAUUGAUCUUCUAAACUAUCAAGUGAAGAACAAUAUCAUCCCAAUGAGCAGGAUUGAUGAUGCUGUAAAAAGGAUUUUGAGGGUUAAAUUUGUCAUGGGACUCUUUGAGAACCCACUGGCUGAUAACAGCCUGGUUAACCAACUUGGUAGUCAGGAACAUAGAGAGUUGGCAAGGGAAGCAGUCAGAAAAUCACUUGUUCUUCUAAAGAAUGGUAAAUCCAUUGAUAAGCCAUUGGUGCCACUUCCUAAGAAAGCACCAAAGAUUUUAGUUGCAGGAAGUCACGCUGACAAUUUGGGUAAUCAAUGUGGAGGCUGGACUAUUACAUGGCAGGGUCUUGAUGGGAAUGAGCUAACAACCGGUACCACGAUCCUUAAUGCAGUGAAGAAUACAGUUGAUCCGACCACUCAAGUUGUCUACAAUGAGAACCCAGACACAAACUUUGUGAAGUCCAACAAAUUCUCCUAUGCUAUUGUUGUCGUGGGUGAGCCCCCAUACGCAGAGAUGUAUGGUGACAGCAACAACCUGACGAUACCUGAACCAGGUCCAAGCACUAUCAAGAAUGUGUGUGGGGUAGUGAAAUGUGUAGUUGUUAUCGUAUCUGGCCGGCCUGUGGUUAUCCAGCCUUAUGUGGAAACAAUAGAUGCAGUUGUAGCUGCUUGGCUUCCCGGAACUGAAGGCCAAGGUGUUGCUGAUGUUCUAUUUGGUGAUUAUGGAUUUACUGGCAAGCUUGCGCGCACAUGGUUCAAGACAGUUGAUCAGCUUCCCAUGAAUGUUGGUGAUCCACAUUAUGAUCCUCUAUUCCCCUUCGGGUUCGGAUUGACGACUAAACCUACAAAGUAGAGGCAAAGCCUAGCUAGAAAAACAUGCUGAAUUGCAUCAACUGUUGAGGUGCUUAGGCACAAAGGGAACUUCUUCCCAGUGGUAAUUAUCAUCCUUCUGUGAUGUAUCUAUCGAGAGACUAGAAUCAGUACUCGACUGCAUAAUUGCUCCAUUUUAUAUUUUUGUUGUUUUGGGUUCUGGAGGCAAUGGAUUUAACAUCCAUCCAUGCAUUUACCUGAAAAACUUCUGAAUGAUGAGAAUGAAAUUGAGUUUAGUGUCUUGGCGACAAGACAUGCAAGUAGCA